CUUUAUUUAAAAAUAAAAGUAAUUUAUGAUUUUAUAAAACAAUGACAGUGACAUUUGAACGACCCGACUGUUCUUUUUAUUGUGAUUUUCUGCGUUUUUUUUUGCCUCGUGUUAGCAAAUUUAAUAUUGACUACGCAUUCGAUUGUAGGAUCUGCAAAAUUAUCAAAUAAUAACGAAGUUUGAAUAAAAAACGAGAUGUCAGAGGAAAAAAGUGAGGACAAACCUGAAAAGAAGGAGAAGAAGAAGGCAGAUGCUAAGAGUUUCAUGAAGGAUUUCCUCGCGGGAGGCAUAUCUGCGGCGAUUGCGAAGACCUCCAUGGCUCCCAUCGAGAGGGUCAAGUUAUUAUUGCAAGUGCAGCAUGUCUCCAAACAGAUCAAAGAAGAUCAGCGGUAUAAAGGAAUGGUUGACGCGUUUGUCCGUAUACCAAAAGAGCAAGGGAUAUUGUCUUUCUGGCGUGGCAACCUUGCAAAUGUUUUGCGGUAUUUCCCCACGCAAGCGUUGAACUUUGCCUUCAAGGAUAUCUACCAGAGUAUGUUCCUGGCUGGUGUGGAUAAGAAGAAACAGUUCUGGAGAUAUUUCGCCGGCAAUCUGGCGUCGGGGGGUGCAGCUGGGGCCACCUCACUGUGUUUCGUCUACCCUCUCGACUAUGCGCGGACGCGGCUAGCAGUGGAUGUGGGCAAGGGAAAGGCUAAAGAGUACAACGGCCUCAUAGACUGUAUCGUGAAGACGUUCAAAUCUGAUGGUCCACUAGGCCUGUACCGAGGGUUCAUCGUGUCAGUACAAGGCAUCAUCAUAUACCGAGCAACGUAUUUCGGGCUCUACGAUACGGCACGAGGAUUAGUGGCCGACCCCAAAAACACAUCGGUCUUCAUCAGAUGGAUGAUUGCACAGACUGUAACGACGAUAGCCGGCAUCACGUCGUACCCACUGGACACAGUGCGGCGGCGGAUGAUGAUGCAGUCGGGCCGGCCCGUCCACGAGCGCCAGUACAAGAGCACGGCCCACUGUUGGGCCACCAUCUUGAAGACUGAAGGCCCAUCGGCCUUCUUCAAGGGAGCCUUCUCGAACGUUCUACGCGGGACUGGCGCGGCAUUAGUGCUGGUUUUUUAUGACGAAGUGAAAAAGUUCUUGUAGUUUGUAGUGUUUUUUAAAAUUUGAUAAGCAACCACUCAAUCUCGUUUAAUUGCGGGGUAAAUAUACUUAGCAGUGUUAAUAA